UUACCUUUACUCCCACUUUUUAAAUGGCUUCAGUGCAAAGGUCAUGUGCAUGUGUUGGUGAGAGAUAGAGCUAAAGAAGAAAUAAACUCACAUAGUGCACAGAUCUGACUAGAUAACAUGGAGCAAACGCUGAUGUAUCCUGUGCUGAUUGGACUUGUAGCAGUGUUAGCCGCAGUCCUCUUCCUCUUCAUGAAAACAGGAAACUCUGAAAGUAGAAAGAAAACAAGCAAGCUCCCCAAAACUCUACAGGAUCCCAGCGUUAAAUACCCGCUACCCCUCAUAGAGAAGGAGGACAUUACACACGACACGAAGAGAUUCCGCUUCGGUCUUCCCUCUUCUCAUCAUGUGCUCGGGCUUCCAGUCGGUCAGCAUGUGUACCUGUCUACUAAAGUCAAUGGAAAUCUGGUGAUCCGAGCUUACACUCCUGUCUCCAAUGACGAGGACCAGGGACAUGUCGAUCUUGUCAUAAAGGUAUAUUACAAAAACGCACACCCAAACUACCCUGAUGGGGGCAAAAUUCAGUACCUGAACGAUAUGAAGAUUGGAGACACAAUCGACUUCCGGGGGCCAAACGGCCUGCUGGUGUAUAACGGCAAUGGUCAGUUUGCUAUUAGACCUGAUAAAAAGUCUGAUGCCAAGCUGAGGAAGUUUAAACAUGUAGGAAUGAUCGCUGGUGGCACAGGCGUCACUCCAAUGCUGCAGCUUAUCCGCAGUAUCACAGGGGAUCCUGAAGACCAAACCAAGUGCUCCCUUAUUUUUGCCAACCAGACAGAGAAGGACAUUCUGUUAAAGAAGGAACUGGAAGAAGUCGUGAAGAAUCACCCUGAGAAACUGCACAUAUGGUACACACUAGACCGACCUCAACAAGGUUGGGAGUAUGGCACAGGAUUUGUGGAUGCUUCAAUGAUGAAAGCGCACCUUCCUCCUCCAGCCAAUGACGUGCUGAUCGUGAUGUGUGGCCCGCCCCCGAUGAUCCAGAACGCAUGCCUGCCAAACCUCACCAAACUCGGCUACGACCCACAAAACACUUUCACAUACUAACGCCAUCAGAUGUGUUUGUAAAAUAAAUAUUAAAUAUAUAAAGCCAUUGUGUUGGAUAUAAUAUUCAAGAGCUUCUUAUACUGUACAUACAAAAAUAAAUAAUACAUAAAUAAAAUGUAUUUUUUUUGUG